AUGUCACCCACAGCCCAAGUUAAGCCAGCAUAUGUGGCCCAAACCCAAACCACUCAAACUGGACCACCAACAAAUUCUGAACCUGAAACUCAAUUACAACCUAACCUUCAACAAGAUGAGGUCCCUACCCAGGAAUCAAGAGCAAAACAAAGGAACAGAAGAAAUUCUUACAAGAGGCCAGCUCCUAGUGGACAGACCUUUGUGCAAGGAGGCAUAGGUGAAGCUCCAAAAAUAUUUGUCCCUCGUGCAACCAGUGAGUCAUCAAAGAGUGAUGAUGAUGACUCUGAUCUAGAUUACCAUCAGUAUGAGUCUGAGGAGCUGCACAGCUCUUAUUCUUCAGACUGUGAUAGUGACUAUGAGGCAGAGCGCACUGUUUGGCCUCAAGGGAACCCGAAUGAUACUUUUGGCUUAGUACAUUUAGAGCUGGGGAUGGAAUUCGAAACUAUGGACCAAUUCAAAAGAGCUGUUAGGAAGUUCAACAUACAAAUUGAAAGGAGUAUCAUGUUUAGCCGAGUGGAACCAAUGAAGUGUAAGGCAAUUUGUUGUGAGGCCAACUGUCCUUGGACUAUCUACUGUUCCAGGUCUAAUGAACCAAAGAGUUUUCAAGUUAAGACGUUUGUCAACCAACAUGUUUGUGCACGAAGCCACACCAACAAGUCAGCUGAUAGAAAGUGGGUUAUUGAACAGCUGGAGGAGAAGUUGAGGGACCAAAGGGACUUUAAAACAUCUGAAGUUGAGGCAUGGUUUAAGAGAGAGUUCAAUGUAACCAUCAACUACAAGAAAAUACAAAGGGCAAUGAAGAAGGCAAGGGAGAAUAUUGAGGGCUCGGAGAGGGAGCAGUAUGCUAAGUUGAGGGAUUACAUACUUACCUUGUUGACAGCUAAUCCAGGAGCAACUAUUGAUAUGGACACUACCCUUGUGCUUAAUUCUCUCCCGAUCUUCAAGAGACUCUACAUAUGUUUUGACGCUUGCAAAAAAGGUUUCAUACAAGGUUGCAGACCAUUUAUUGGACUUGAUGGUACAUUCCUAAAAGGUUACUACGGUGGGCAAUUGCUAACAGCAGUGGGACAAGAUGCUAACAAUCAGAUCUUUCCCAUUGCAUAUGCAGUCGUUGACUCAGAGACAAGAGAUAAUUGGAGAUAG